GUAAAGUGAGGUUAACUGGGUACAGGUGUUAACUGGGCCACUGGCUGUUCAUACUUCUGCACUUUGAAUACACCGCUUUUAUUGAUGUUUCCCAAACGAUCCACUAGGCGGCACUACUUGCUGCUGAUUUUGAAUGCAAAUGACAUCCAUUUUAAAAUUUUAUUAAGCAUUUGUUGUUCUUGGAUGUCACAUGUAUUGUUUUACUGCAGCGUUAGAAAGUUGAUAGAAUCUGUGUUUAUCAAGUUUUGUGAGUUUUAAUAACUGAUUUCUGAACUUUAAUAUAGUGCCUAUUUGAAUAAUUAUCACAAAUUACGCAAAUAUUUAAAAUACUGUUUAUAAAUAAAUUAAAUUAAAAUGCCCCGUCAACGUCAACGUACCACAACGCACAGAUCGUAUUCCAUUGAUGCUUUAAAAACGGCAACUGAAAAAAUUAUAAAAGGAGAACUAUCGAUAAGAAAAGCAGCGGCCAGUCAUCAGAUACCAAAAAAUACAUUAGCCAGGUAUGUGCUCAAAGUUAAAAAUACACCUGAUGGAGUUAAGGUUAAUUUUCGACCAUCAAAUGAACAUUUACUCGUUUUCAACUCAAGUGAAGAAUUGCUAUUGAAAAAAUAUAUUCAAGAUGCAGUCAACAUGCAUCAUGGACUUUCAUUUACCCAAGUUCGUCGCUUAGCUUUUGAGUUUGCCAUAGCAAAUAACAAAAACGUGAAAUGUAAUUGGACAGAAGAAAAAAUGGCUGGAAUAGAAUGGCUGCAUUCAUUUAUGAGACGACAGAGUUUGGCGCUAAGAACCCCCGAACAAACUAGUCUUAGCCGUUGCACUAGUUUCAAUGAAACUAAUGUUGGAGCAUUUUUUUCAAAUUUAGAAGAUGUUAUUAACCGAUUUAAUCUACAAGCACAAGACAUUUUUAACUUAGAUGAGACUGGUCUCACAAGUGUACAUAAACCAGUAAAAGUUUGGCUUUAA